AUGGCUGCUCGCAUCUUUGCUCUCCUCCUGUUGGCCAUCCCAAUUCAGGCGCAAUCCCCAGUUUGGGGACAAUGUGGCGGAAUUGGCUGGGGCGGCCCGACAACUUGUGUUGCGGGCACAACUUGCGUAUCAUACAGCGAUUAUUACUCUCAAUGCAUUCCUAGUACACAGGCAUCAUCGACUAUACCAACUACCACGCUGGUCACAUCUGUUACACCUCCACCUGUCUCGAGUGCAUCGUCGUCAUCGUCUACAACUCGUGCUACUUCUACUGGUGCGGCGACGUGCUCGGCAUUGCCAGGCUCAAUUAGUCUGAAGGCCAACUCAAAAUUGAAUGACUUGUUCACAAUGUUCAAUGGAGAUAAAGUAACAACAAAGGAUAAAUUCUUGUGUCGUCAGGCAGAGAUGUCAGAGCUGAUCCAGCGCUACGAACUUGGGACUCUGCCAGGCCGUCCUGCUACUGUUACCGCAUCUUUCUCUGGAAAUACGUUGACAAUCAACUGUGGCGAUUCUGGAAAAUCCAUAUCAUUUACUGUUACUAUUACCUAUCCUUCUUCUGGAUCAGCACCUUAUCCCGCCAUCAUUGGCUACGGAGGUGGCAGUCUGCCAGCACCUGCAGGCGUCGCUAUGAUCAACUUCAACAAUGAUAACAUUGCCGCCCAGGUCAACACGGGCAGCCGAGGACAGGGCAAAUUCUAUGAUCUGUAUGGGAAAGGGCAUUCGGCAGGCGCUAUGACUGCGUGGGCAUGGGGAGUAAGCCGUGUUAUUGAUGCUCUUGAAUUGACGCCAUCAGCAAGAAUCGAUACAACCAGAAUUGGCGUGACGGGAUGUUCACGAAAUGGAAAGGGCGCCAUGGUUGCAGGGGCAUUCGAGAAGCGCAUCGUGCUGACGCUUCCCCAGGAAUCAGGCGCGGGGGGUUCUGCUUGUUGGAGAAUUUCAGACUACUUGAAAUCCCAAGGAGCCAACAUUCAAACGGCAUCCGAGAUCAUUGGCGAAGACCCUUGGUUCGCAACAGCUUUCAACAGCUAUGUCAAUCAAGUGCCAACAUUGCCAUUUGAUCAUCAUUCGCUAGCAGCGCUGAUAGCACCGAGAGGCUUGUUCGUCAUUGACAACAACAUUGACUGGCUUGGCCCCCAGAGUUGCUUUGGCUGUAUGACGGCGGCUCGUUCGGCAUGGCAAGCUCUAGGCGUGCCGAAUAACAUUGGUUACUCACAGAUUGGCUCCCACGCACACUGCGCAUUCCCGUCAAACCAGCAGUCUCAGCUUACAGCUUUUGUCCAAAAAUUCUUGCUCAAUCAGUCAACAAACACUGCCAUCUUCCAGAGCGAUUUCACAUUCUCUCCCAGUCAGUGGGUUGACUGGACGACUCCAACCUUGUCCUAA